ACAAAUCAACACAAUAAAUGGUCAAGGUACUCGUUCUCUUUUACUCAACAUAUGGUCACAUCUGGCAAAUGGCUGAGGCCAUUGCUGAAGGUGCAAGACAAGUUGAAGGAGCUGAAGUUGUUGUAAAGAGAGUUCCAGAAACUCUGCCAGUUGAAGUUUUAGAAAAGAUGAAUGCUAUUGAUGCUCAAAAGGCUUUUGCUCACAUUCCAAUUGCAACUACUGCUGAACUUCCAUCCUAUGAUGCAAUUAUUUUCGGUUCUCCAACCAGAUUUGGUACCAUGACAGCUCAAUUAAAGUCCUUCUUGGAUGCAACUGGUGGACAUUGGGCAAGUGGUGCUUUGGUUGGUAAGGUUGGUUCCUUCUUUACUUCCAGUGCUACACAACAUGGAGGAAAUGAGGUUACGGUGCUUUCUUCGUUACCAGUCCUUCUUCACCAUGGUAUGGUUUAUGUUGGUUUACCUUAUUCAUGUUCAACUCAAAUGGGUUUGGAUGAAAUUAAGGGAGGUUCACCAUAUGGUUGUGCUACUAUUGCUGGUGGAAAAGGUGAAAGAUUGCCAUCUGAUCAAGAAAAGGAAAUGGCAAGAUUCCAAGGAAAACAUGUUACUACCAUUGCUAAAAAGUUGUUCCAAUAAUUUAUUAUUAUAAUUUAAUAUAAAUUGUUUCUUGAAUUAU